GUCAUUAUCAUUGUAGGAGUGGCUCUUUCAGUCUGCGCUUUAUAUAUGUUCAACGGGAUAGACCUCAGUUAUUUCCAGCUAGACGCUCAGUAUCAAAACUCUUCAACUGUAAAACUGUUGCCUACCAUACCUCAGCUCUCAGCCUGGCCCUGCACCCCAGAUCAUUUCGAGUUUAACUUUGGUGUCCUGAUACAAUCCAAAAUGCCAGACCUCACGACAGCCAGUGUGGUGACGGACUACAUUCACUAUAAGCUGAGCAGCAAGGGUUUGGGGUGCCCCUUAUUGGAAUGCAGCAACGUAAACAUCAGCAUACCCGCAACGCCCUUCCAGGAGGUCAUCAGGGAGGUGACACGGAAUAUUGAACACCAGUACCAACAGGACUUGAACGGCAUGGCCAUCGCUGACAUUCUGCACGUUACGCCGGACACGUUAUCGGGAAUAUUCCACGGCGUGGUCCACGAGAUCUUUCACGGCGCUCCCAAUGGACAGCAGAAUGCAAGCAGCAGCGUCCAGCCCUCCUGGGGGCGGAUCUGCUCCCUGCUGGCCUUCAGCGGCGCCCUGGCCGUCCGCUGCGUGGAGAACGAGAUGCCGCAGCUGGUGGGCCAAGUGGUCCACUUGACCACCAGCUACGUCAAUGCCAACCUGCUGACCUGGAUUGACCAGAACGGAGGAUGGAAGUGCCUUUUUCAACCACCUGACGACUUGCCACAGGGGCCAUGGAUGCACGACUGGAUGAUGUUUGGUGCAGGGAUGGUGGCCCUGGGUGCAGUCACAGCACUGGCCUUGAGACUGCUGGUGCGAUAAAAAGGCAAGCUUGAAGUACUGGGGCACAGACAGCCACCGUGAACUGAAAUCCUCACACGUAGUAAUGAUUUUUGUAGCAAGGAAAAUUAACCCUACACUAUUGGUGACAGAAUUUGCAAUGUAUUGUGGGUGUCCGUGUCUUGGGCCAUUCACAGAAGAACAUGACAUCACCGUCACGGCUAUGUCCUUUUCGAAGCUCCUUAGCAAGCUGAAAUAUACGAUGAUGUAACAGGAGUCAUGUCGAAGUACCACGGAAGUGCUGGCUGCAUUAAACUCAAGUGCCAAAAUAAGAACAUGACAUCGUGAGAGGAAGUCAAGAAAAAAAUAUAAAUUUAUUUUUGGAAAGGACUCAGACUUGGACUGACGGAGACCUUGUACAAAUGCUCAGACAUUCCCAGUGAAUUUUUUUUCCUAAUUCUCAUAUUCCCUCUCGUAAUCGAAAGCCUUAGUCUCGAGACUGCCCUGUCUUGUUUUUCAAGCAUUUUUCCUGUGUACCACUUAAUAUUUUGACGUGUAACAUACAAGUUGGACUGUAGGCAGAGAAUCUUACUACAACACUGCUAUGUGAUUUUAUCUCAAAUCCCCCAGGUGUUGACAGUCAUAUCAAAAUUGGGGGGACUUUAUUCCCUUAGUGUUGGUACAUGUAUGUCAGUUGGUCUUUCUCUAGGAGUCUAAGGAAUGGUUUCUGGGACAGUUUUUUGGAAAUUUCAUGUCUGUGUCCAUGUGCAGUUCUCUGAAGACAAAACAGCUCCGCUGGAACAUCUGAAAAAAACUCCUUGCAGUUGGUACUCAGUAAUAGUUCCUUUAGCAUGUAAGGAACCAUUGGAAAAACUAUGAAGUGCAAUCCCUCUGUUAUGCAGUGUACAAGUCUUAUCUUAUCUUUUAGGCUGCUAAAAAUUUCUUUCGAAGAGAAUAGGAGAAUGAAUCAGAAAUGAAAUGUAAGGGUUUGGUAAAUGUCUAUGACCUUUUAAAUUCACCAAGUAAUCUCUUGCUGUUUAUUGGCAGUAAAAAGCAAUAUUGAUGUUCUAACUUGGACAUUUCAUAUAAACAAAUGUUAGAUCAAUUUUUAUGAUCAAAUAGUAAAAGUUUAGAAGGCCCAACAUUUGUGCGACCUUUUUCUUGAAAUUUGGCAACAACUGAAAUGUCAGAUCUUUCUAAUUUUUGAAGUGUGCUUUAGGUGUACAUGUAUAUAUUGUAAAUCAUUGAAGCUGGUAAGAGCAAUUCCAUAGUAGAAAUUCCAUUCCAAAGUGAAAAUUCCUCAUUCCGUUGCCAAGCUUGUUAUUACUUGCAAUUUGCCAAUGAAAAAAUUGCUUUCAAAAAAUGAAAGUGGAAAUGAGUAGUAAAAUUAUCUUCCUUUAUAUCGAUUUGGUUUUUAUUUUAAAUGACCUCCAGUCUUUGUUUAUGAAUGACAAAUCGUAAUGACGUUAGUAACAGAAUGACAAAGUUCCACUUUUGUACGGAAGUGCCCAAAAGCACUUUGCAACAACCUUCAAUUUCCUAUGUACAUAACAAAAGCGGGAGUGUCAUUUGUUUGUAGUUUCAGCCAAACCGCAGGCUCACAGGAUAGGCUUCAAAAUGCCAUUGACAGUUUAUUGUUAACUUGACAUGCAUGUCUGGUUUUUGCUUGCCAUACAAAAUGCUGCUAGUUUUGCCAUAUAAGAUACAGCACUUAAACAGAUGAAGACCAUAUACAUUGGUUUUUUCUUUUUUUGGGGGGGAGGGGAUUGCUUUGGUUUCCGAAUUUUUUACAGUGUAGAAAUAUGAUGAAGCUUGCCAAAACUCAUUUUGUCAAAAAAAUGAUAUGGAUGGUUCGAUGAUUGGAAAAGAUACAUGUAAAUAUUUUAUCAUGUCCCAGAAGUCUCGAUUUAAAUUCACGUAAAUAUGGACAUGUACCACUUUUAUAUGAUGUUUGUUGAUGUUUCAUAUAAACUGUACAGUAAAUAUUGUCAUUCUGUAUGUAUGCAUAGCAUCAGCAUUUUUAGAAACUCUCUUUCAUGAAGUUCAGUCUUGCCAGUUUUUUUCAAUCCAUUUUAUAUUGGCGUUUUUUUACCCGCUUGUUGAUAGUUGUGUGUCGUUUGGUUGUGUUCCAAAAUGGCUCAACUUCAAAGGUUUUGGGAGCCUUUGGAAUCGUUAUCUUAUGGUCUAGCGUUGACGUUCUUGACCACAAUUAGUGUGCAGAUGUCGGUUCUGUUUUCAUUCCUCUUGGGGGUUGAUUGUGAAACAGUCAGUUGCCAUUUUUAAUGUGCUCGUAUUUCAACUGUUUUUUAAUUUCUUUUUUCUUUUGGCUAGUAAAAGUGGAAAAGCA